CAACUUUUAAAAUAAACGGGACAACAUAAGUUACUAAUAAUGCAAGAUAAUUAAACACAUCCGUUCUUUUCAUUAGGAAAACAGAUUAGCUGAAUAAUUUGAUCCAGUCCGGUGCAAUCAGCGAUAAACAUCUGUGUUUGUGGAAAAUCCGAGUUUUGAAGGAGCUCUUGAACGCAGCACAGAGGGCAGCGUGAGCGUGCAGCUGAAAGUGAGAAGGACAGUUCGGAGUUUCCGACGCGGGAAAUAUGUGAUCGAGGAUGGAAAACAGGAGCUUUGUUGUCGUUAAUGAAAGUUCCAACUCACAGGUGGUUCUCGGAGAGCAGCUUGUGCACCAACAGAGCAAUGUUUCCACUGCAGCUGCUACUUGUGCUUCGUGCACAGAGGACCCACUAACCAGGACCAGUGGGAUCAUCCCUGGUGCCAUCGCCGCAACGGUGUUCAUUGUUUUUCUGCUCGGCCUCUAUGCUGUUCUCUGGAAGUGCAUGAUGUCACCGCCACAAAGAAAGAAAAGGAAGGUGAGGACGAGAGUAAAGCAAAAGGCUCCCGUUUGAAAAGGUGGACGUCGUCUUCAGUUUAGCUCUUUAAAGACGUGGAUGGGAAUCAGAAAAGACUCUUAAAUCCAUCCACAAGGACUCCAGCAGGUCGUCUCAGAGCUUUGUGAUGGAUGCGGAACAGUCUUUAGCAGGUCAGAGGUCACUCAGUGGGUUUCCUGUUUAUUUAAUACUACUGAGGAGGGAGCUGCAGCUCACAAAGGCACUACAGAGAGAGAGAGAUUAUGUUAAAAUUUGGUGUUUCAUAAAUUCAAGCAGCCAUUUUUAGUAGUAUUGUUUUUGCACAAUUUGAAUAGCGCCAGCAUUGGGUGUCGGACAAAAAUCUAUUUAUUUAUUCUGCUCCUAAGUCUAGAAAUCAAAUAAAGUCAAAUAAAGUUCAGAGUUUUAUAAAAUAUUCUAUAUUACAGGUUUUUCUGUAUCUGCUCUCAGACGGACUCGAUGGUAAUUUUUGUGAGCACAUUUAAGGUUUUUUAGUGUUAAUAUCAAAUGUUCAUGUUGUCUUCAGAUGCUAUGCUAACGCUACAUAAUUUAAAGUCAUGCUUCAACACUGAAUGUAAACAAAGUCACUGGUACACUAGAUAAUCGUGCUGUGUUAGCUGCUAAAUAUGAAUUAGAAUUAACAUGAGAAGCUUCCCCUUUUUUAAACAUUCAGAAUACAAAAUUUUUAUUCAGUAUUUUUGCUUUUUAUUUGAUAACAAAUUAAACAAUUUUAGAUUACUCACAAAACUUUUUUUUCCAAACAUAUUUUAGUAAAUAAACUGUUUGGGCGGAUGGCAAUGUGAUCGUAGUAAUAAUUGUUUUUUUUUUUUUUUUUUUUUUUUAAUUUGCUGAAAUUAUUCCCAUUUCUCUGGAUGUUUUUUCUACUGAUUUGACUUUAAAUGAUCCAAUAAAGUCUAACUUGUUUUUUUUUUA